AUGCUGCUACAUAAGGUAUUGAAAACACAAAGAAAAGGCAUUGACACAGUGUCAAAAUGAAGAUGUACCAUGGUGAAAAUACCAUCUUCCCGAAAUAUUUCUCCAUUUGCCUAUAAUGGUUACAAUGACUUUUCUGUGUUUGCUUAUGACGUAAUAAUGAAUAAUUUUCCAUUCCGCCCUGCAUUUUUCACAGGCAGAAUCAUUUCCAUUUCACUGCAAUUCAUGUUCUGCCAAAAACGACGUUAAUUCACCUUGCUGUCUACUGGGGGGAAUGGUGUUUACACGAUUAAUUAUAUAACUUGUGUGAUUUACAUAACUAAUUGUGUAACUUAUGUAAUCCCAUUGUCUUUACACGUUCCACUCAUUUCAGUGCAAAGAAAACACAACACAUAUGUGGCGGCAGGAGGGGGUAAUCAAUCUGUGGUUUCAAACCACAACAGCAACGGUGACCACCAGUCGCAUUCGCUAUCCUGAACAUAGGAUGAAUCAGUGAACAUUGCCAGCUUCCACUCCCUUUUUCAUUGUCAUCAGAAUUCGCAGACAUCGCUGCUUAGAACUCAUUAUUUGGGUUCAACACAAAACAAAAUGCCCUCUUGAAAAAAGAACAUGGGGGAGCCUUUAAGAGCAGACAGUACUGGUCCAUAUGGACCACUCCCCAAACUUGAUAAAAGGCAACUGCAUAUAUGUUCAGAUUGCAUUAAAAAAUGGUACCUUUGAAAUGCCAUGUAAAUCUCCGCAUGGUGCUUGGAUUUUUGACUUAAUGCACUAUUUGGAACUCCCCCCCUGGCUAAAUGUGGGGAAGGAGAAAUGAUCUCACAACCACAUUUGAGAACUCGGGGGGGGGGGGAGAGCUUUAGGAGGAAAGAGAGGGAAACAGCUUUAAGAGAGCAAUGAGACACGUGGGAAAAGAAGCACUAUGAUGGUUGACCUCGUUUGUUUUGAAGAUUGAUUGCAGCAAAUUAAACUAUAAGUCAAAGAACAGAAUUCUGAAUCUCCAAGGAACAGAAUUUGAAUCUACAGAUCUGAGUCUUUGGAUGCAAUCUUUCCUUAUGUUUCACUUAAAUGGAGGACUGCGUGAUUGAAAUUUACACACUAAUCAGCUAAGGUGUGGUUGAUUAAUUGGUAUGGGUUGAUUUUAAUCAACAGGGCUGUGGAUGAAUAGCAUGCUUGUUUACUUAUUUUUUAGUUCUCUUUAAGUUCUGCUUGUAUUGAUUCUAUAGGGAAUGAAAAUUAAAAAACAUUAAAACAUUUCUAAUGGUGGGUUGGAUCCAGAGACGUACUCAGCAGGUAUUUGCUGGCUCAGGAGGAAAGAGAGAAAUAGGCUAUCUCCACUGAUUAUGCCUUCAGCCCUCUUUGCUCCCUGAAAAAGUGUAGAGGGUUGGCCAAUCCUCCAGAGCGGCAUUAAACAUAGUGCAGGGGGGGCAGGGCUCCCCUAUCUCUGCCAUGGAGCCUCUGCUGGAUCUUGGAGCCUUCCAUGAAGAGAAGGAGAAAGGCCUGUCUGGAUCCAACCCAGUGAGUGCUAUUUUGCUUAUUGAAUUAUAAGGGGUAGCUGAUGCUUCCUUCAGCAUAUUGAAAAGGCACCUAUACCCAGGGGUGUUUUUUGAGUAAAAUUAUUCCAAUACAAGUCAAUAAGUUAUCCAUAUAAACAAAGGUGUUAAAAUAUGGUUGUAAAUAAAUUGAUUUUUAAAGCAACUGGUCCAUUAAUUUUGCCAUUCUUUUUAUGUGCCCAAGGAUUAAAAAAAAAUUCUAAAUUGGGUUUUGGAUUUCAACUGGACAAGUGUAUGUCAUAUGUUGCAAAUCAGAUAGAUAGAUAGAUAGAUAGAUAGAUAGAUUUCCUAUGGAUUUUUUUUCGAUUUUGUGAUCAGUUCAAUAAUAUCUGAUGUGACCUUUCAAUAUGACACAGCUGGUGGUAAAUAACAUGUAUCUUUGGACAGGCUAUGCUAUAUGUUUAUCUUUUACAGUUCUCCUUCUUUCAUUGUAGGAAGCCCCAUAUGUUAUGUGGAAAAAAAACAGAGAACUGUUUGAAGGGAAUGACAAGUAUGAAGGAUACUGUGUAGACCUGGCAUCAGAAAUUGCAAAGCAUAUUGGCAUCAAGUACAAAAUUGCUAUUGUUCCUGAUGGAAAAUACGGAGCAAGGGAUCCAAACACAAAAAUCUGGAAUGGGAUGGUGGGAGAACUGGUGUAUGGGGUAAGCAUAUCUAUUUUUGAUGCCAACUUUUGCAUCAACUUCUCAUGAGUGUAGUUGUCAUGUAGGGUUAUAUACGUCCCAGCGACUGUCUGGCUCUUUUCUUGGCAAAUGUUGACAUAUGAAUGUUGACAAUCCCUGAUGAAUAAUCUAAAUAUUACCUCCAAGCUGUAAUAGACAUGCAGGUGGCAUGCCACAACCUCUUUUAUAAACUGUGCAUGUAUGUUCAGGAAAUGCUUCGCUUGGAAAGAAAAUUGCAUUUCCAUUCUGGAAGGGACAUUAAAACAAUUUCCCUGUUGAUGGAUCAUUUCUCAGAACAUUUAAACUAGUGAGUGUGAACGUUCCCUUUUAAUCACUUAGAAAAUAUGGAAAUGCAUCUUGACACUACAAGUGAACUACUGAGGUAUGAAAGUGUACACUGAAAAGCAGAAUGAUAAGGCUGCCCCCACCUUCUCAUUGCUGGGCAGGGCUGCAGCUCAACUGGUGGAGAUAAUGGUUCGAAUACAAAUGCUCCCCAGUUCAAUCCUGGCAACUCUAGAACUGGAAAAUACUCCGAUCUGAAGCUUAUCAGUGUAGACAGCAAUGAGCAGUGGUUGGACCAGUGCUCCCCCCCAAAAAAAAAAUAUGUUUAGGGGUACUCUCAUUUCGACUCAAGAAAAUCACCAUUUUAUAAUUCAAAUAGAGGAAAAAUAAAUACAGUAAAUGGACAAAAGUACAAAGAUUCACAAAAUGUUUAGACAGCCAAGACUCUUUCAUCUGAUAAGCUCUCUCAGCAGCAAAGGUUUUGUUCCAACAAUCUCUGUGCUGUGUGGACAGGAGCCCUGCUCUGCUGUUUAGGAAGAGUGGAGAGGAGAGAGGAAUUUUCAUUUAUCAGCAUAACUUUGCGAGCAGGACUGGAGAUGCUUUGAAGACUGGGUGGUUCACUGAGUGACUGAGGAUGGUUGGGAGGUGAUCAUAUAACCAUAGAAUUGUAGAGUUGGAAGGGACCACAAAGAUCAUCUAGUUCAAUUCCCUGCGAUGCAGGAGUCCCCAGCGUGGGACUCAAACCCACAACCCUGAAGGGUCUCAUGCUCUACCGAUUGACCUAUCAUCUGAUGUCCUUACACUUUUGAAUAUACCUGUGCAUGAGAAAGCAGGGUCAUGUUUGGAACAGUCCUCCACCUAUGAUGAUCCUUCACUUUAGCCAAACCCAUUUUUGGUUCACUCCCAAACAAGCUGUGAGAUCCUUAUAACAAUACCCAAAGCUUUUUAUUUAUUUAUUUGAAUUCAAAUAUAUUUUCGUUUUAUAUUGGUACGCAGCAUAAUCCAAUGCUUAUUUACUCCAAAGAAAAAUCCAUCUUAUUCCUGGGUAAUUGUGGAUAGGAUUGCAGACUAUGUCUGAAAUUUUAAACACACUUGCAAUGCAUGGAUCUUUUGCUCAAUGUGGGGCUCAGACCCACAACCCUGAGAUUAAGGGGUCUCAUGCUCUACCAACUGAGAUAUCUAAAGAAGACUGUCCUGCAGAGCUAGGGGAUCCUUGCUGUUUUUCUGAUGAAUCUAGAUGACUAAAAUAUUAUCUGCACAACACUAUAAUCUUUAGUGAUGAGCUUAUUCAUCAAAGCACUUUCUAGUGAUGAAUGCAAUUAGCUACCUUUUGCAGGUGUUCUCAAAAUCUCCAGCAGUCAACUCUGGUUAAAUAUUCAUUCUUCUGCCGUGGAAUGUUAUCCACUCACUGCAUGAUGAAUAAGGAGGUCAUUGCCCAUUUCUGUCAAAGUCUAACAAAGAAUGAGGCUCUGAAGUUCAAGUAAUUUAUGCUGCAUUUUGUUAAGCUUCCUUGAAAAUGAAUAUUUGAGAAGGAAAAAAGAGAAUGUGAAUUAAGCCAUUGAAACAGGCGGCAGCAUUCAAGAGGUUCCACACUUUACACCAUGCCUUUUUAUUGGAUAUCCAUAUUUUCUUUAUUGCUUAGUCAAAAUGGGAAAUGCUGAUAAUGAGCCUUGCUCAUUCUGAUAAAUGGAGCCAUGCCCUCUUAAGAGAUCAGAGCUUUCCAAACUAUUCAUGUUGGUGUAACACUUUUUAGACAUAUCAUUUCGCGACACAAUUUUACUAGGAAACCGGAAGUUAAACGAACCCCUUAUAAGAGCAUUCGCAUGACACACCUACACACUGCAGCUGACACACUAAUGUGUCGCAACACACAGUUUGGAAAGCUCUGUUCUAGACACUGUUAAAGCUCUUCAGAGCUGAUGGCACUGGCUGCAGUCCAAAGCCCCAUGGAACUCCAGGCUGCACACACAAAUGGCUCCACAAGCAAGGUAACAUUUCAGUGUGCUUUGUAAGCACAGUGGGAAUGUACAUUGUGUGCAGAGAAGUGCUGUACAGGCUAGAUCACUGCCUGGCCUCCCAUAGGUUAGUUCAAAAUAAGCACGAUGCUUUAAGUUAGUUCAAGAUGAGGUGAGUAUUUGAAAAAUCGGGUGAAAAGCAAAAAACAAAACCUGGUUCAAUUGGCAUGACCUAUUUCUAUUUCCAGGCAGGUUCAGACCAUUCCAGUUCAUCCCCUGGAUCAGGUGUUUCCCACCACCGCCAAGACAGAAAGAGAGGAAGUGCUCUACUUUUUUCAAGGGAUCUGUGGAAAAGUUGGAUCUAGCAGAAUUAAUCUGAGCCUGGAGAAGAACACAGAGCUGAAAGAGGAAGUGAGAAAGACUAUCCUUCAUUCAGCUUCCUCCUUCAGCUCCAGGUACUUUUCAAGGUUCAUGAUCAAAGAGGCAUUGAUGCUACUGAUAAUAGAUUAUAGAAUGAUAUUUAUGCAAUAAGAAUACACACAUGUACAUGUGCGUGCACACAGUCCCCUAUUCACUUUCUUUGGUAUCCAUUUUGGCCUUUAGUUUUAAGAGGGCAAAAGUCUAAUGCAUCCAUUUGUUGCAAAACAAUUUGUGCCAUUUCGUGUUUCUCUAAUCUGUAGUUGUUUGGGUUCUCCUUCUCUUUGCAGAAAGCAGAGAUUGCUGUCGCGCCUCUGACCAUCACUUUGGUACGAGAGGAGGUUAUCGAUUUUUCUAAGCCCUUUAUGAGUCUGGGCAUAUCCAUUAUGAUCAAAAAGCCUCAGAAAUCUAAACCUGGAGUGUUUUCCUUUCUGGACCCCUUAGCCUACGAGAUCUGGAUGUGCAUAGUCUUUGCCUACAUUGGGGUCAGUGUUGUCCUGUUCCUGGUGAGCAGGUUUAGUCCAUAUGAGUGGCACACAGAGGAGCCAGAGGACGGCAAAGAAGGGCCCAGUGACCAGCCUCCCAAUGAAUUUGGCAUCUUCAACAGCCUGUGGUUCUCCCUGGGUGCCUUCAUGCAGCAAGGAUGUGAUAUUUCUCCCAGGUUGGUAUGAAAUAAUAUCUCUGUUUUUAAAAAUGUAUAUUUUAUUAUCAGCAGUGAGACUACACAAUACAGUACACAAGAGACAGCCACUUGCUUGCUGCUGUUUUAAAAUUGAUUCUUCUGUUCAUUAACGUGUUCUGAGUAAUUGUCUCCCUUUCAAAUCAGACAGCCAUAUUGAAUCAUUUUAAACCUUUCGUAUGUUUCAGGUUCUUGUAGUUUUUAAAGCUUCACGGAUAUUCGUUUUAUUUUUGCAAAGCAGGGAUUGUGUUAAUGGCAAUAGAUAGGUACAGCCAAUUGGCAACUCCUGGAUUGGUACUGGGGGUAAGAAUUGUUAUGGAUAUUCUAUCUUUAAUGCUGCAUCUCUAUUUUAGAUUUGGAAUGUACCGUAUUUAUGUAUGUUGUUUGUAAAUGUGCACAUUUGUACGUAAUGUUAUGCAUAGGUGCGCCACAGCUGGGAAACCCUUACAACUAGGUAACACCAAACUUAUUAUGGCAUAUGAUCACUCAGGAGCUUGUAGUUUGUGUGUUCUGGCAACUAGACCCGUAUGGAAAGCAGAAUGGGUCCCCCCAAAACACAGGCGUUGGCCAGCUCUGGUUUGGGAUGAAGCCAGCAGCCUCUGUAUUAUACGAAGACAAUAUGAAAAUGCUUUUCCGUUGUUCCCAGUGCAUUACAGUUGCUCUGUUUUUCCAUUUCUUAAGCCAAAAUGCUACUGCUGUGGGAAAUCUUUAUUUCACUGUUACAGUAGGAUCCCUCACCCACCAAGUAAGGUGGAAGCAAGAGAUGUCCAGGGCAUAGUACAAAGAACUCUAACACAUCUUCUCAAACAAAGAACUUUAAGCUAACUGGUUACAUUUUUGUCAUAGCAUGCAGACAUUGAUCAUGCACACUUAUCAACAGCUACAUUCCUAGACUAUCUACCUUCGAAGUAGCCUCUAUUCCAUUGCCUCAACAGCGGUCCCUCCCUCUUAUCUUCAACCUUCCUCCCCAUCUAUCUCAUAACUGUCUGGUUGCAUAAACAUUAGGCAUUCCACAUGUCCACCCUUGGCCUUGCUCAAAUGCAGGCAUUCUUCAAACAGCUGCAUUGUUUUAAAUUAUUUCUUCAGACUACCAAAGGUAAUAGGGAAAAUGCAGCAGGUGGAACGUAAAUUAGAGAAUCAGAAUUUAGGGUGCAGCUAUGCUGUACAGAAAUCAAUAUCAAAACCUCCAUACAGGAGUACACACUUAGGAUACAAAGCAGAGGGUGUUUGCUGGACGUUAGUCCUGCCAAAACUAGGGAUUUCAUGAGGCCUGGACUGCAUUUGAGUAAGUUUCUGGUUUUGUGUUGAAAUGUGAAUUAUUAUUUUUCAAUAGUGGAGUAUUAUUUGUCAAACGUGCAUACAACUUAUGUGAAAAACAAAGCCAUUUUGCUAUUUUUCUCGGGGUCCCAGGUCCAAGAAACUACCUGAAAGGAGUCCCAAUCAGUUUCUUAUUUCAAUAGGACUUAAGCAUCACUGACUUUCUCUGAAUAAGGACUGUUCUCAUUCAUUUCUAGGCAAACCUGGCAACAGAUAGCAGUGUGUCUGUUUGGGUGUCUAUAAAGUCUAGACUUUAUAAAGUUAAUGGAGUUGAAGGGUUUAUAUCUAGUACUGCGGUGUAAACAGUUUUCAAAGACAGUCAAUUUUGCCGUGAAAAUCCAGAGAGUUCUUCCUGACGGCUAUCCAAUUGGAUACAUAUAGACCAUGUUGUCUAUAACUUGCUUAGAUGUGGCAGGCAUCUUUGUGUUGAAUUCUUUCAUACAAUGUCCUAACAAAUACAGAGCACUCUGGAUUCUUUUAAAGCAUACCUUGCUAAGUACGUAAGAAUAUGUUCCUGGAAUACAGAAGGUAAUGUAGCCUAGCUGUUUUAAAAACUUCCAACCUUCACUCAAUCCUUUCUACAGACCUAUCUGCCAAAGAACCCGGGCACAGUACUUAGGAUUCCAUCUCAGACCAUGUACAGCUGGGUAUUUUGAGGCUCACUAACUGAGAAUGUGUCCUGCAAGCCAUUCAACACCCCCCCUUACUGAGAGGAAGAUCAGUCGUGGUGGGCAAACUGUCUUUCAAAGAAGCUUUCCUUCAGCAAAUGAUACUUUCACUCAUAAACUUGCAAGGAGCCUUGUUAUUCCCCUGAAUGCAGUUCAAAAAUCACUGAAUUCCAGCCGCUGUAGCAGCUGCUUUCUCAUUUGAGAAAUAUAAUUAAAACUCAGAGGUAUAUUGCAUUUCUAUUUAUACGCCACACUCACUGUAUCCUGGAUUGAGCACCAGAUAUCAGGAGAAGCUUGGUUAAACAGAACUUUGGUCCUGUUAUGUUUCAGUCCCAGUUACUGCUACUUGGCGAAUAAAUUUCCUGUAAUAAUGGUGUCUCUCACUGUCUCUCUGUCUCUUUCUCUUUCUCCUUGGCCAAGAGAUAGGAAAAUAUGCAUUAUCUUAUUCAUGUUUAGAUCUCUCUCAGGUCGCAUAGUUGGAGGUGUGUGGUGGUUCUUCACACUCAUCAUUAUUUCAUCAUAUACCGCUAACCUUGCGGCUUUCUUGACUGUUGAGCGAAUGGUCUCGCCCAUAGAAAGCGCAGAAGACCUUGCCAAACAAACCGAAAUUGCAUAUGGGACACUGGACUCUGGGUCGACGAAAGAAUUCUUCAGAGUAAGUUGGCAUGCCUACUAGGUUCUCGUUUCCCUUGCUCUACCUGGGAAGCGUUCAGAACGCAGUCAGAAUAAUGAUGCAUUAUGGAAAAUCAGAUUUGUGGUCUUGUAGCUCCUACAAUAUUGGCAUUAUGGUUUUUUUUAAAAAACUCCAAUGCCACUUGUUGGCGUUUGCAAUCAUUUUAAUUUGUGGCAAAUAUAUUGAUCUUGACAUGUCAAGCUAGGAACUGCCCUUAGGGACUGUAGAGGCAGAGGUAAUUAAGAUAGCAUUGCUCUGCUAGCUGAUUGCAAACCACAGCAUGGAGACGAAAGGGAGUUCUGAGUAUAUAAGGUGAUUCUAAGGGGUCUUUCAGGUUCACUCUUGCUUACGGGUUUUCUGAAGGCGCCCUUUGAUGAAAAGAUGCAUAAUAAUGUAAUUCCAAGCACUGGAAUGAAGCAAAAGGGUUGCUUUAUAAGUCUGUAACUAUAAGAGACAUUGUUCCAGUCUUUUGCCUAAUCACAUUCAUCUUGUAAAGCUUUCUAUUCACGUUACUUUAAUUUUGUUUUUCUGCUACAGAAAUGUAAAACGUACCCUUUUCUAGAAGCUUGGAAACAGAAAUUGCUGGGCAUAAUUAAGGACUCUUAUGUCCCACUGAUGCCACUAUAUGCUUGGCCAUGGAGACUUGAAAGUGUUUAACUUGGACAGGAUUGUGUUCAUUGCCAUUAAAUAUAGACUCUUAAACACUGGAAACAGACUAGCCGUUGAUAGGAUAGUUAGGCAAGUGGUGAAAUUUCUUAGACUCCACCCACACCAUACAUUUAAAACACUAUUGUACCACUUUAAAGGUCCUAGAGAAUCCAGGGAACUGUAGUUUGUUUGGGGUGCUGACCUCACAGAACUACAAUUCCCAGAAUGAACUAUAGUCCCCAUGAUUCUCCAUGACUGUUAAAAUGGUAUAAUAGUACUUUAUAUUGUGUCCUCCAUCACUUUUACCCUUGGCCUUCUGUCCUAAAUACGAAUAGAACAUAGUUCAAUGAAACUGUAUAAGAACAAUGCAUGUUUCAGCUAUUUGACACAACCCUUAAGGGAGCUUCUAGAAGGAUGUCCUCUCUGAGCCCUGUUAUACUUCCAGAGGAAUGCAAAAAGGCCUUGGGACAACAUGCUCCACAGGGAUGUUUUCCUGUGCCACCACCCCGGAUGCCAGGACUUGAGCCUGCAGUGGGGUUUGAAUGUGAAACUCAAAGGAUGCCUGUUGGUGAUUCAUUGUGUGUUCCAUAACCCAGCUCUAGCCAAGAAGGGGAGCUGUAGGCAGAUCAGCCAUUCUCAAAAGCUAAGCCUCUUAAAACAAGGAUAUGUCUGAACAGGUGCUCCUCAGACCUACAUAAAGCUUCCAGGUGAACCACACAAUGUUUUCUCAUUGGUGUGAUUUCUUCUCUUACUCAGCAUAUGCACGCAUUCUACACUGUUGUGUGCCUUGUGAAUUUAGUUAUUUCUACUACACUAGUGACUUUUUGCCUUAGUGCAGAUUCUGAGUCUAUUUUUGCCUUCCGUUCACCAGGGAGAUAACUGGGCAAUAGACAGUUAAUAGGUAAUGGCCAUAGACAGGCCUUUGGCAAAUCUAUUCAAGGCGGGUCUAUCAAGCAAGUAUUUUGGGCUUGCAUCUGACCAUAGGAAAUGGAUAUUUAGCUAUUAACUGGCUACGUUGGUGCUAUUCAGCUGUUUCCUGGCCUUUUCCCUUUAUUAGCAGGUCUAGCAGGGCUGAUGAAUAGCAGAAUUGGCCUUUAGAUAGCAUGAGUAAGAGUUACUUUGCGUGGAUUUGAUGCUCCCAUGUAGUGCCAAAUGGCCACCUCUAUGAAUGAUCCAGAGGUGGCUGUUUGCACAGGAUGGGACCAUUCCAUGGGGAAAAUGCACAGGCUGUACACACAGCAACAGUCUGUGCAACUUUUCUUUCCACAGCCCUGUGUGUAGCCAAAUUUUGUUGCUUGCAUCAAACCAACCUGUACAAAAGGCUACAUUUAGCAAUCAUUACAUUUCCUGCCAGUCAUUCUGACACCUCCAAUAAUUUCUUCUGUUUGUUGUGAUUCUGCCUGGAAAUGAUUUUAACAUGGCUGGGCAUAAAACUUACGAGCAUGUGCUACGGUAAGCAAUGUCAGGACUGCAGUAUCUUCCUACGAAUGACUCUAAUGCUAUCGAAAGGUAUCUUCCCCCCCCCCACAGAGCGAUCAAUAAACACCUGACUCCUGAUACAUUAUGCAUUGUGACCUGUUUCUGUGGCGGCCUCGUCCCUUUGCUGCAUCUAAUCUCCUUUUAAUUUCCUUCAGAGAUCUAAAAUAGCAGUGUAUGAAAAGAUGUGGGCGUACAUGAGCACAACAGACCCGUCCGUGUUCGCUAGGACUACGGCUGAGGGAGUUGCCCGUGUCCGCAAGUCCAAGGGCAAGUUUGCCUUCCUCCUGGAGUCCACCAUGAAUGAAUACAUUGAGCAGCGCAAGCCAUGUGACACCAUGAAAGUGGGAGGAAAUCUGGAUUCGAAAGGCUAUGGCGUAGCCACACCAAAGGGUUCUUCAUUAAGGUGGGUGGAAUAGUAUAACAAUAUAACAUGUGUUGUUAUAGUAUUCCACCUUCCCUGAUGCCCCUGAUCUAGUUCUUUUUGUGUUGUUCUGUGGACAUGGUAUGUUCUUUUUUUUCCUUCCUUUUCCCAUUUCACAUUUUCGAUCGACAAGGAGGUAACGGUUGUACGAAUAACAUAGUCCACCGAAUAGUCACAAUUGGUGUAUAUCUAUCAAGGCCAUAUAAAAAACAAACUGGUCAGACACUGCUUCCAAGUUUUCCUCAAGACAAAAUGUAGCUCCAAGUUCUAUUCAGGCUCAACAGGUUUUUUUAUUUUACUGAAUUACGUGAUAUCACUGAGUAGAUUAGCCUGUCAUAUUUUGGGUGACCAAACAUUAGGUGAGAAUCUCCCUGUCCCACCAUGAUCUCAAAAGGACAGUAUUACUGAGUCAAAAACAGCCUCAGUGAGUCCUUUGUUAAAGUGUCUUUUUGUGCAUAAAAUAUUUUAAAACCUUGCUGUCUUUAUUCCCAGCUUUAUUACUGACUUCAAAGCCACCAUUUUUUAAAUAAACUUUUUAAGAAUUGGGAUGCAAAAUUAUACCGCAUGAACUUGAAGCAUCAUACAGUACAAUUGUAUGUGUUUCAACUCAGAAGUAAGUCCCAAUGGGUUUGAUCUGGCUUACUCCCAAGUAAGUGGACACUAGAUUGCAACUUUAGAUGGGAAUGCCAUGCGAACCUACCUGGGAGUAAGCCCCACUGAAAAAUAGGAGACUUCAUUCUGAGUAAACAUGCAUGGGAUUCUCCUGCAUGUCUUUGCUUUUACAUACAAAGAUGCAAAUAUCUUCCCCACCCCUAACAAAUCAGUUUGAUUCCCAAGUUGUGUUGAUGUGUGCUGACGAUGGAAUAACUCAUAAAUCCUUUUGAAUUCUGCAAACAGUGGCAGCUUUGCACAGUUUAGGGUUAUCGUAUUGUGUAUUCAGUGUAGUACAAAUACCUUCUUGCACUUUGGGAACAACUUCUGCUUGUGUAAUGGGACUUUCCUUCCCUCUUUUUGUCCCCAUGCAACCCCUAAAAUUGUUCUGGUUGUUCCCCAAUCCUCCAGAGCAGAUUUGGGGGUGGUAUGGAGUGUGCACGGGUGUGGGAGAGAGCAGAAGUUGUUCCACAUGUGGAAUUAUUUCAUUAACUACUGCACUCUGGGUAUUUGAUUUUGCACACCUGACAAUGUAGGUUUUGCAUUAGGAACAGAAAAUCACAGGAACAGGAAAUUGCAUUAGGGACAGAAAUUUGCGGUAUCCCUAACCACUUUCAGGCCAAGCGGGAGCAAUUACACUUCUGUUUUUGCUAAAUGACUGCAAAAGAAUUCUUGUACUCUAAUAUGAGGAAAGAGAGAAUCGCUUAUUAGAUUGGGUGGGAAGGAAGGGAGAAUUGUUCUCAGAAUGUCAUGCUCUAGUGUAUGGCUGAGUCUGACUUUGGUAUUGUUUAUGAUUUUAAUAUUUUUUUGGAAGGAAGAGGCAGGAUGCAAUUGAUUUAAUUAAUAAAUAAAUAACAGUAGCAAACACUUAAACCUAGCUAGAAAACAAUCAACCGUUCGGCUCUGUACCCUUCUAGUUCGACCAACGAGCACCCAGUGGAGGUUGCUGUUAAACAAUAUUCCUGCUAUUUGUUUGAGGGAGCAAAUCUCCCCGAACAAUCAUCUCUGUCUUGGUAAUAUACAGUAGCUGUUCUCAAAGGGUUUAUUUAGCUCCAUGUAGCUGAAACUUUAAUGCUGUUCCUCGUUCGUUGCUGUCAGUCUUCAGGGAAUAUCUAUAAUUUAACAAAGCUCCUUUUGGUAAAUAGCACUGAGUUGGAAGUUAUUAGAAAUAGGUAGAGUUGUAUCACUGGUACAACCUAAGGGGGAUUAGAGAAGGCUGGCCUUCCUUAUCCUUUUCUAUUCCUCCAUUGUGGCUUUAAAGGGCAAAAGUCCUUGCUAGCCCCUGGCUUGCUUAACGCAUGGUCAGUCUAUGUAUUUUGCAAGGGAAGAACAAAAACUACCUAGAUGAUUGAACUGUGCUUUGGGUUUAUCAGAAGUUUUCCCCAAAGUAGUUUAUUCACUCAGCCUAGUGAAAACUGGACUGUGUCCAGGCUAUUUGCCUCUAGAUAGAGAGAGGCACCAGCUUCUCAGCUGCUUGGUCCUGCUGUGCUAAGAGCAAGUCCAUCCCCAAAACUCUGUGUUUCCUGAAUUGUUCUCCUUUUGUAUUUUUAUGCUGCAAACCAGCCUGUGAUCUUCAGAUGAAGGAUGGUAUAUAAAAUUAAUUAAACAAAUAAAAUAAAAUAAAACAACUCAAACCCAUAAUCCUUAAAGGAGCAGCGGAAUGUUGCAGAAGGUCCAUAAUGUCUGGUCUUCUAUGGUAAUAUAAAAUAGUUUGGCCCGGGACCUCUGUUUCUGCUGCUAUUUUUCCUGUAUGUAAGCUCCAAAUUCAAAUACGAUACAGUUUUUCUUCCUUCAAAUGGCCAGGAGCUAACACCCCAGCUUUCUUUCUUCAUUCCUUUAUUUCUUCAAGCCUCUCACAUCUCAAAGCAGUUUAUAAUAACAGUGAUUGAACACAGAGAAAAAAAUACCGUAUUAUUAUAAUAAUUCAGUGCAGUCCAACCCAGAUUGAAAUUAUUAAAGCUCAUGUUUAAAACAACACAGUAGAACAAAUAAUAUGAGUCAGCUUCUUUCAAUGCUUUUGAGUGCACUAUUGCCCAAUUCGGAAAAUUUUCAAUGAGAAACUAAACUGAAUUUGAGAAGUGCCUUUGUUUGGAGGAUCACUUUCUAAAAUUAUACUCAGCUGUAAUAAAAUUUUACGCUAUGACAUUGUGCGGAAAAAUGGGGGGAAAGAGAACUUCAGACUAGUUUCACAAAAUAAAUGUAAGUUUAUGUAGAAAAUGGCGGGGCAAGUUAGUUUAAAUGUAAACAUAACAUAAAACCAGCUCAAUAAUAUUCCACAAUGGCAUUUUCCCCAAUGAAGGUUCAAAAAUAAGUAUAAUUUAUCUGAACAUUGCUGGAAAUGCGUCAUAAAUGGUGUGGGAGAAAUAAAGCUAGAGCCAGUGUGGUGUAGUGGUUAAGAGCGGUAGUCUCGUAAUCUGGGGAACCGGGUUCGUGUCUCCGCUCCUCCACAUGCAGCUGCUGGGUGACCUUGGGCUAGUCACACUUCUUUGAAGUCUCUCAGCCCCACUCACCCCACAGAGUGUUUGUUGUGGGGGUGGGGGGGAAGGAAAGGAGAAUGUUAGCCGCUUUGAGACUCCUUAAAGGGAGUGAAAGGCGGGAUAUCAAAUCCAAACUCUUCUUCUUCUCCCUGCCACAUGCUUGAUUUCAAAGAUUGGCUAAUGAAUAUAAGGGGGCCUACCUUUGAAAUCAAACAUGUGACUUCCUCUCUCCCUCAACCCCCACCACAAUUCUCAUUUCAAAAGCUUUUACCGCUUGCAGCAUUUUUUUCUCCUGACUUGCUCUAUGGAUUCACCAAUAUAGCAACACGUUCAGUGAGAUUAAUCUGAAUUGUGUUUCACUUGAAUAAUGUAUGACCAUAAUGCAUUCUCUCUCACCUUGAUCACUUUUUAAAUCGAAAGGCAAUCCAGAAGGAGCGGGUGAAGGGAACAAAUACUCCAAUCACCUAACCUGAGAUAGCUUAGGCUAGCCUGUCCUGUUAAAGAGAUGGCAGAGCAGGCAAGGCUGUUCAUGAAAGAGACCAUUCAAGAUACCACUUUACCACAACGCUCCGUUUUCAUUCUUCAGCCACACACUGAAACUGAUCAGCCUGAGCAAUUGGGGGGGGGGGGGAGCGAGAAAUGUACAGCUCCCAAAGGAACUUAGGUUUUGUGGAAGGAUGGAUGUGGAGCAUAUGUAUUUGUGUGUGUGUGUGUGUGUGUGUUCAUAUCCUGCCAUUCCUUCCAGGAGCUGAAGGUGACAUACACAAUCCCACCCUCUAGAAAAGAGAAAAACAGGAAGGCAGAAAAUGAUAAAAAAGGGGGGGGAUUUACAGGUGCUCCAGAAGUUGCUCCACACCUAUUUUACCCUAGCAACAACCCUUCGAUGCAGAUUAGGUUGAGUGAUAGUGGCUGCCCUGACAUCACCCAAGGAGCAAUAGGGAAGUGAGGAUUUGAACCAGGUUGUCUCCAGAGAUAAAAGCAGAGGCAUAGCUGUCAAGCGUCCCUUAUUUGGUGGGACAGUCCCUUAUCCCAGCGCCACGUCCCGCUGCUGUCCCUUAUUGAUGAGGCUUCAUUUGGCUGCUGGCUGGGCUUUCUGCCUUUGGCUCAGAGGGGCUCAGAAGUUGAACAUAACCUGCGCCCAGAAAAUCCCUUAUUUUGGCUGCUGAUCCCUUAUUUUCAAAUCUGUAAGUUGACAGCUAUGGGCAGAGGGGUGAUCUGUGGAAGGAGGAUGAUGAUGAGGAAGCAACAGGCUACAAUCCCUGUUGAGCUUAGAGUGACUACAAUCACCCACUUGCAGUGCGGUUCUACUCUAAAUUAGAGUUUGCUCUGCUUCCUCUGAACAGCCAGGAUAAAUCUACAUAGCCUUCUUCCUUGUUCCACCAUCUUCCUUCUUUGGAGGCUCCUAGGGAGGAAGAUGUGGGGGCUGGCCUUUCAUCACAAAAAGAUCCCUAGGCCACCACCCUAUGGAGUGAAAGGAAUUUUCUUUCAUGCAGUUCUUUAGUUUUGACUUUUAUCCAAGAUUUGGGACAUCUCAGAAGAAACGUCUACCAUGCUGGAAAUGAUAGUUGCAAACAAAAAUUACGUAAUCAGAAACAAAAUGUAAGAUGAGCCCCGCGAGGGUAUACGAGAGUCUUAUCUAAGUAAAUUCCUUUCAUCUUAAGAACAGUUAUUUCUUGGAACUCAGACAGAUGCUGAAUUUUAAGGAAGAACAAAACCUGGUCCUCUUUUUUUGGCAAGUCCACAACAACCUCCAGGCUUUUAGAGGUGUUCACUUUAUAAUGUUGCCAAAUUAUUAAAGAAACUAGCUCUGCAUUAUAAUACGGGGCUUUCCACAGCCGCUGUUAAUACUACAUUUGCAAGUUGUUACAUUUCUCAGCAAUCUUCAACUGCCUGCAGGGUCUAGAGAUGGGGUCACAGGCUGGAUAGUGAAUUAUUAUAGCAGCAUUGUUCCUACUGGACUAUGUCACUAGCAAAACAUAACUUCAUCCAGGCUCAGCUUUAUCAGCCAAGCGUUCAGCACCAAAAAUCAACUUGAGAAAUAAACAAAAAAUGUUUGCCAUUUUUUUUUAAACAAAUCCAAACAGAUGCAUAUGAUUAAAACAAGAACUUCAAGUAUUCCUGUAUUUUUAUUCCAUGGCAAAGGAAAUUUUGGCCAGAUACAGUAAGCCAAACUAGAAUUGGCUUAGCUGCCACAUCACACUGAGCUAAAAUGACUGGGGAGGAGCAAAGCAGAUACAGGCUGGAUCUACUCCCCAGGGGGGGGGGGGGAACCGCUAUAAAUAAGUCAUAAAUUAAAUCAUUAUAUCAAAAGAAAGAACUCUAUGUAAAAUCGCGUAGACAAAGUUUUGUGCUCUACAGUGCCAUCUGGUGUUGAAUGUUUAUAACGCUGUUAUAGCAUUGUAACAUGGCUAAUGUAGCUGAGCCCACAGUCUCCUCCCUGGGAGCCAGCAUGGCCAUCCUAAGCCACGGUUUGGUGUUCCAGGGUUCCAUCAAACUCCAGCAGCAACACCCUCAAAAAAUGAACCUAAGGAAGGAAAAUGUAGGUGAAGGGUUAAGCAAAGGAGACAGGGUUCUCAGUGGGCACCAACUCUUUUAGAGCUGUGGGCACAUCUGGAUUUUUGAGCUAGUGCUGUAUAUGAUGCUGUCAGCAGCUCCCGGCUGGUUGCCCAGGAAAUUAUAAAGAAAAAGAAAAGUUUCUGACAGUUCUUUUUUACUUCAAUCUUUACAGAGAGAGGCUAUAGAACCUACCUUCUUGGAUAAUGGUGUUGUCCUGAGUGAAUCUCCACCCACCUUCUCUCCCACGUCCUCAUUAUCUCCUCUAUGGGUGGUGCUGUGUGCCCUCUGUCUUUGAGCUCUUUGCUCUCCCAUGAUUUCCCAACUUUCCCUCUCAUCUGCCUCUGAGCUGUGACCUCCCACAAACCACUGUUGUUAAUCUAUACUCUCUUCCUCUUCCCUGGAAGAGUCAGAAUGAGGAGGUGGUCUCCACCAUGCCUCCUCUGCCCAGUCCCUGACAGCUGCCCUCUCUAGAAAUUUCUCCUGCAUCCUACAGAUUAGUCCCCUUACAAUCUACCCAUUGAGAGAGAAGGAAGAAAAGUACGUGCAAUGAUGCACAAACUCUUUGCUUUUCCAAAGGAUCUGGGUAAAAGUCAGAACUGGUAGAAAUGCCAUAUUUGCCACUCCAUAAGACGCACCUGACCAUAAGACGCACCUAGUUUUUAGAGGAGUAAAACAAGAAGAAGUAUAUUCUGAACGAAACAGUGGAUGUAUGAUUUUUGUGGUUCAUGCUGUGGCCACAGACAUGUGAUUUGACGGUGAGUUUGGGGUAGCCCAAUGCAAAAAUCCUGAGAAUCUAUGUGGAUCCGUGCUUUGUAACCACGUUUUUGCACCACUGCGGCCCCAUGAAACAGUGGAUGCGUGUGUUUUUUGGUGCAGGCUGUAGCCAUACUAUGUGAUCUGGUGGUGAAUUUGGGGUGACCCAAUGCAAAAAUCCUGAGGAUCCAUGUGGAUCCGUGCUUUGUAAUCUUGAGUCUUGAAAAGCACAUAGAACUGAAAGAGGAAGUGGUUGUCCAAAUGGAACCAGGGGCAGGGUAAGCACACUGGUGGAAGCACCAGAUUCACAGGGGCAGUCGCUGGUCCCACUGAUACACACCUUAAACCUGCUGCCCUACCCCAACCUCAUCCAGGUAAAUAGCAGGAAUGAAGGCAUCGAAAAAGCAACUCUGUAGGCUAGUCUCACCACUCACAUCCCAACUGGUUAGCAGUUUCCCAUUGCUCAUUCAGACAUUGACUGUUGAGGCAGUUCCAUCUUCAACUCUGAGGGAGUCUUGUGCAAAGUCCUCCUCUUUUGGUGGACUUUGGCAAGUUUAUCUAGCAUUGGUGGUGGGUGGCAGUGCUCCGGGCAGCAGCAGGUGGCUAGGGGCUAUGGUUUCCAUUUCCAACAAUGAAAAUGGCAGCUAGGCCCAGAGGCCUUUAAAAAAAAUGGCGGGUCCAGGACAGGUGUCAGCAGUAGACCCUACUAGGCUGCUGGGGCCCUGGCAGCUGCCGAAGGAUGUUAGGUCCUGAUGCCAGUUCUGUAUCAAUGGUACUGUGCUCACUUGAAAUCACUGAACUUGUUGGCUCUUUAUCUAUAGCAAAGAAGAUCAUCAUAUGUCGUUAUCCACCUCUUCUCAUAGACCUGAGUGUUUCUAUGCCCCUAUAAGCCGAAGUUUGGCCAAGCCAUAGCUGUCAAGCGUCCCUUAUUUGGCAGGACAGUCCCUUAUCCCAGCGCCAUGUCCUGCUGCUGUCCCUUAUUGAUGAGGCUUCGUUUGGCUGCUGGCUGGGCUUUCUGCCUUUGGCUCAGAGGGGCUCAGAGCUGAACAUACCUGUGCCCGGAAAAUCCCUUAUUUUGGCUGCUGAUCCCUUAUUUUCAAAUCUGUAAGUUGACAGCUAUGGGCCAAGCUGAGAUCUGGAACAUGGGAAGAAAUAUCUUUAAAGAGGUGCAGACUGGCUUUCACUAAUUACUGAGUAAUUAAAACAAGCCCCAACACAUUAUUAUUUAAAAUAAAUAAAAAUUCAGGGUUAUAUGUCACCUGGUGAGAACGGCACAAUAAAACAGGAGAAAUUAACACAAAUCAUACAACUCAAUAAAUCAAUAAAUCCAGACCAGCAAUAGUUAAAAUCAAAAUAUUGCAUUCCGUACAGAGAGGCACAAAUGAAAUAUCCAUCAACUUAUCUAGCAAAGCUCACUCCAUCAAUAAAAGCUCUAGUCUAAACCAACCCGAAUGCCAUUGCUCUGCUAUGGUAGCUAAUGCAACUUGAGUCUUCAAUUAUACCUCUGAUUGCCAUUUCCUACAGGACAAAUAUGGAGGGUUACCCAUUGUUGACUUAGAACUCUGGUCCACAGAAUAUACCAUAGGAAAUUUGUUAGUCUUGUUAUAAAAGUUAUUCUCUAUAUAGAGAGAUGGCACUAAAGCACUUGAGGAAAGUAUUAAUAAAUCAAAAUUGAUUGGCACCAUCUUGUGAACGUGUGUGUGUUUGUGUGUGUUAAAGUUGUGAAUCCUGGUCUAUACUAUUUCACUAAGAUGCUAAGGUGCUUCUUAGCCCUAUGGCCAAAAUAGAUUCGUCCGAUUUUGUAUGUCAUAUCCCCAGUGCUAUUUUUCUAGAAAAAGAGGUGUUGGAACUCACCAUGAACGCCUCCCUUGUUCUCUUAUAAUAGCAAUGACUGGAACUGAGUUCCGGCUUAGGAAAAAAAGAAAAACCCUGCAUAUCCCCAAGACUGUUGUUUAUUAUAUUGCUUUUAUUGAUGGCACAAGUUUAACAUCUUUUUUCUCCUUUCCAUUACGUAUUUUGCCAGUAGGGUUUCUGGGUCUUAAAAUGUGAAAAUGCUCAGGAAAUUAUGGCACCUGCAAACAGUUUAUAUUUCUUUAUAGCAGCAGCCAUGGAAAAGGAAAAGGAAAAGAGGCCAAGUGUAUUCUGCCUUGAACAGAAGGGGGAAACUGUGGGGAUUCUGACAUUUAAAAAGAUUUAUCCUGCUAAGAUAAUAGCGAAAUGGCAGGCAGUUCACAUGAAUAAGGUCAGAGAUCACUUUAAUGCUUUCUCUUCUGUUUGCAACGACAACAAAAAUCCUCUAUGUAGCCAUAAAAUCAUGGAAUCAUAGAAUUGAUUCUCUAAGAUGCCUCAGUGGGGGCUGAGCUCAUUGUUUUAACGGUCUCCAAGAUCUCUGCAUUUAAAAAUAGUGUUGCAGUUUUUACAAUUUUAGAAAGCCUCUUCUCAACUGAGAUUACCAGCUUGAAGUAAUGUCUUGCCCAGGGGUGCCAUUUUCAGAGGGCAACAAAACAGGUAAGUAUUAGCAUGGUGACAUACUUUCAGUUAAGGGAUCUGUAAAGGGAACGACACCCAAAAAGUGUCAGGAAACCAGAGCCCUGUGGAGCAUUUUAUCAGGACUAAAGGAACAGUUUGUUGUUGUUGUUGUUUACGGUUUUGUAUUCAGGGCCAACCCUACCAUUAGGCAGAAUAAGGCAGUUACCACAGGCAGUAGAUGUUGGGGGAAGACGGCAGCAGGGUGGUGUUUGAGGACAGAACUGUGUGCAACACAUGGCCUGGCCUGUUCCCCUCAGUUGUGGUAGAGGACUCUGCCAUGCUGCCAUUAUUGAAAUAAGUUUUAACGACCAGUUUAGUCAGCUUCUUUGUGUGUGGGAUGCCAUCUUGUCCCUAGUUUCAGGUGGCAGAAUGUCUUGGGCUGGCUCUGAUGGAAAAACCUUCACAAUGUGCUACUCUUUUUAAAAACACAUUCAGGACAAUGCUCUUCCCCUAAUUGAAUUUCAUCACCUUCUAUGACAGAUAUUUGCAUUUAAAAAAAUCCUUCCAGUAGCACCUUAGAGACCAACUAAGUUUGUUACUGGUAUGAGCUUUCGUUUGCAUGCACACUUCUUCAGAUACCAGUGGAUUGUAGAGGGUUCUUAAUUCUAAGACCCUUAGGUAUAAUGUCCAGGUUCUUGCAUUUAGUCAGAAAGAUGUCAGUCUGUACCUGUGCAAGUUUCUUGGUGAGGUUGAUGGACUUCCAUUUCAUGCAGCUCAAUGUGGUGCCUUCCAUAGUACGAGUUACAGGUAGGUAGCCGUGUUGGUCUGCUGUAGUCGAAACAAAAUUUAAAAAUUCCUUCCAGUAGCACCUUAGAGACCAACUAAGUUUGUUAUGGGUAUGAGCUUUUGUGUGCAUGCACACAAACUUAUUUGGUCUCUAAGGUGCUACUGGAAGGAUUUAUUAUUAUUAUUAUUAUUAUUAUUAUUAUUAUUAUUUUGACUAUAGCAGACCAACACGGCUACUUACCUAUAACUAGAUAUUUGCAUGUCUGGUAUGAUGCAAGCUGGUUGUACAUUUCCGCAUAAGCUUUAAAACUUGGCGAUAGAACAUUCUAACUUCACAGUUAGAGAACUGAAAUGUUCAUAGAAUCCUAUAGGCACUGGCUGCCUAUAGCUACUUGCUAUAGCCCCCAGUCAUAGUUUGCAAGCUGAGGCUCUGGUGGAAAGCUCCAUGUGUGCAGAAGCUUCCAUAUUCAGUGGUGGGGAAGCUCUGCAUGUCCAGGGAGAAAAUCUAUGUGGAAUUUCCCAGCACUGAAGUGGCAAUGCAGCUUCUACUUACAAGGAGCUCUAUCUUUGGACUGGGGCUGAGGGAACUACUCUGUGGCAUUCAGUUCAAAGAUUAUGACUUCCCAAUGUGCCUCUUUAAAAGCACUGAAUUGAAGCUUACUGUCUUCCGUGAUAGAGUUAUGUACUGUAGUUCUAAAUCAUAAAAUAAAAUCUAAGCAACUUAGCUGGGCCUACACAACCCUGGGUAUUUCUGAGAGUUUUGUUUUAAGAAAAAUAUUUUCAUUUCCCCCCAUGAACCAUCUAUAAGUUUCCUCCAGAUGGGCAGAUGCAAAAUAUGUGCGAGAAGAACAAUAUUGUUUCAUUGCAAAAUGGACAGCAGCUUAUUUUGAUACACUGGGUUGCAUCUUAAUUAUACAGCUAUUUUUUUAAAAAGGCAGUGUGAAACAAAAGUGUUUUUUACAUGGCCUGUUAGAUAUAGCAAGGAAUGCAAUGUGGUUAGAUUCAUAACCAAUUUGAGCUUAAUUUCAGAACAAUGAGAGGCGCUUAAAAAUCUCAUUUACUUCAUUCCUUUUUAUUUCCAUUUUUUUUCUUAUUGUGCUGUGAAAUUGUCUAUGGAUAUGGCUAAUAACCCUACUAAAUAACCCUCUCAUGAUUAGCUUUUAUAGGGGUUUUUAAUUGUUAUUUUAGGACUAUCAACAGCAAUUUGCACCUUCCUCAAAAAAGUAAGUGGAAAAAUUUUAUUCUUCCUGAUCCGUAAUGGUGAAUUUUGGCCAGGGUGAGUAAUUCCCCACCCCUACCCCGUGAUGGAUUUUGCUUUGUUUUUCUUUUAAGAGGCAUGGGAAUCUCCAUCUCAAGUAAAUCUGCAAAUUUCUCAAUUAACAGAUAAUUUCUCUAAAUAGGCAGAGGACAUAUCCUGGUACUAUAAGGCAUUAGAAUAAGAUUCGUAGACAUUCAAGGCAGCAUCCAGUAUUUCUGUUCUGGUAGUGCAAGAUGAGAGCCAUUGUGGUGCAGUGGUUAGAGUGUUGGACUAGGGCCUGGGAGAGUUCAAAUCCCCACUUACAGUUAUGCCUCUCAGCCUAACUUACCCAUUACAUCUUCCUUCCAUCAUGCAUGUGGUUUCCAAGCAACCACCUGCCCAAGCGGUGCCUAAACCCAGACCUGUUAAGUUUCAGGAAUCUGGUGGCCUCAUGUGUCAUCAGCCCAUGCCCUGGGAUAUAACUAAAGAAUGAAGGACGCACACCAUCCCAUCUCCAGAACCAGUGUGGACAACAUGAGAAUGAACAGCAUUAAUUUAAAAUAGUUUCAUAUUUAUGCAUGGCUGCAAAGGGGGGGGGGGGGGUAAAAUAAAACAUGGAUCUGCUGACACAUUUAGCACAAUUUAUUUUCUGUUAGUAGGAGCAGUUGUUGCAUAUUAUUAAAUAUGUGUGUUUAUUUUAUUUAUGUCCCACCUUUCAUCCAAUGCUUUCAAGGCAGUGUACAUUAUUCUUCUCAUCCCAUCCCCUUACAAUCAUCCUUACAGCAACCCUGUGAUGUAACUCAGUCUGACCCAAUAGUGACUGACCCAAGGUCACCAAGGGAGCUUCAUGGCUGACUGGAGACUUUCCAGACCCAUUCCAUCCCUCUAACCACUACACUCGUCUUAUGACACCUUACGGAGUAAUAUAAGUAAAGGACAGAACCCUGUCCCAAUAAGCUUACAGUCUGCAUUAAGAUCAUUUGAGGACAGUUCUCUGUUACAGUGGUACCUUGGCUUCGGAACUCAAACGUUUCAGUUUUCGAGCACCGAAAACCCAGAAGUAAAUUCUUCCAUUUUUGAACACACCUUGGAAGUCAAAAGGCUUCCGCUGAGAUCCCCCCCCCCAAUUUUCUCUAUUGAAUUUGCAGGCUGCCCUUUGCGCCUCUGUUCUUGAACGUUUCAGAAGUUGAACCGUCUUCUGGAACGGAUUACGUUCGAAAACCGAGGUACCGCUGUAUCUAUACCUUCCAGCCACUGUGUCAUAAAAUCACAGAACUGUAGAGUUGGAAGGGGCGACACAAGUCACCUAGUCCAACCCCCUUAAAUGCAGGGGGGUUGCCCAAAGUGGGGCUCAAACCCACAACCCUGAGAUUGAGAGUCUCAUUCUCUACUAUCUAUGCAGGUGGUCCUCAAUUUUUUAACAAAUUAGAAGUGGGGAGAACAAGGGGUGGUGCUAUCCACCUAACAUGUUCUUGUCAGCACAAGGAUUUAUCCUUGGGCAAUGGAACUCCUCCCUCUCCACAUGCCCCACAUCCUCCCCAAAUCUGCCCCACAGGGUUGAUGGAAUACGCAGAAUAGAUUUAGGGGGCAUACAGGAGGAGAGGGAGAAGUGCCACCUUGUGCCGACAGAAUGAGUAACUUGGUGCUAUACUGGAUGCAACCCCUUAUAUACAGAGUAGCAUUUUGUUUUGACUUUCAGCAUGAUGGAAAGAGAGGUUGAAAUCUUCAAGAAAAAACACCCCAUGAAUAGUACUUCGCUGGAAAUACUCAAGGGAAGGGAAGGUGUGGGUUGAGGUACUAACUGGAAACAAAACUGUUGUCAUCUAAAUGAUUAAUUGGAAAUCCAUAAUAAAUAUCUCUGGUUCAAAAGCAGUUGCCUCCUGGAACAAAGGAAGCAAAUGAACAAUUUCAGUCCAGCCUUGCUCUUUUUCCUCUCCCUCUUGAUCACAAACCAUAAUUAGAGUACUUGUAUAAAAUUACAUUUGUCAGAUUGCCUGAGAAGCGUAGCCCCAGAGGCUUUAUCCACAAAAAAGCAGAGUGUUAUCACUAACACCACAGCCUGUAUUCCUGUAUUUUGAGUUCCAGGGACAGACAAGUAAUUACAUUAUCUGUAUUCACUAUCUAAUACAAAUUUAACAGCCACUGAAAUGAGGCUCAGGUCAAUUCUGUUAAGAGACAGUUGUGAAACCUCAUAAUUAGUUGGCAAGGAUCUGUGUAACAACCCUCCCCCCCCCAAAAAAAAUGUCCAUGAAAGGCAGUAAAGGACAAAAUGUGUUUCCAAAACAGCUGACCCAUAAAGAUGCUCUCCUUAUGUACAGGGUGGUCCACAGUAAUGAGUUGGCAUCAUCAGGGCAAAGGUAUAAUCAGUACGGCAGUAACAGCCCAAGAGCCCCUCUAUCAGGAGAAGAGUUCUACAAGAUGGAAGAUGGCAAGGACUAG